UUAAUUAGACGCGCACCUUUGACUCAGUUCCUUCUUGCUUUAUUUAUAUUUUUUUUUUGCUUCUUAAUAGCUUUGUUUUAUUACUUGGGUUUAAUAGGACUUUGACACUUAGCGGUCGCGAAGCGUAGCAGCAGAGUUUACUUUAUACUGGAUUGCAUCAAACCCGACAGUUAUUAUUGCCAAGCCAACAAAGAAGAGUCUACUCUACACUUGUCUAUCUAAAAUCAUAUCUUAUAUUUUAUACGUGAAUAUUUUAUUACAUUUCAAACUAAAGCAACAUGUCACUAGAUCAGGAAUUUGAAAAAGCUGCCGAAGAUAUUAAAUCUUUGACUAAACGACCAUCAGACGAUGAAUUGUUAGAAUUAUACGGACUUUUUAAACAGGCUACGGUUGGUGACGUUGAUACUGCUCGUCCGGGAAUGCUGGAUCUAAAAGGCAAAGCUAAAUGGGAUCGAUGGAAUAGUAAGAAAGGAAUUUCAAAGACCGACGCUAAAAAAUCAUACAUUGCUUAUGCAAUGGGAUUACUCGCAACAUAUAAAUAAAUAAUUAUACUUUUACUAUACAUCUUAAUGUAUACAUCACGCUUUAAUUAUUUUACUUAAUUCUAAUUCUAAAUUCUUAUAAACAAAACUUUUUAAAUAUACAUUAUGAUAUAUAUUAAUUCAAAUUUUUUAUGUGAUUGAUUUUAAAAAGUAUUGAUAAUUUAUAUAAUUUUUAUCAAUAAACAAAUAAUU